AUAAAAAAAGGUUUGUAUUUGUCAAUUUUUUUUACCUUGAGGGUAGUUUCUGUCACUAGUUAAAACGUUGGGGGAGGGGACUCGUUUAGUUAGCCCUCUUUCUAGUUCUAGUUAAUAAAAAACAUGGGAUCAUCGUCUCCGCCGUCUAGCCAACACCAGCAGUGAUAACAGAAGCAGCUCCUCCAUCUUGACUGGUUAGUUCUCUGGUCGCUCUCACUCUCCUCGCAAUCGCACAUACACACAGAGAUUAGUAGUUUGCAUCUUAUUAUUAUGGUCAUUGGUCAAACAUCAUGACAAAGCUCAGGAAGCUCAAUCGUCCUACAGGUCAUCGAAUCUCCAUGCUCAGGGUACCCUUUGUGCUGCCAGGCGUGCUGCUGCCUUUGUGCGAGGGGAUGAUGUCAUUCACAAACUAUUUACAGAGCUGGCUUACCGAUACAAAGAUAGGGCAGGAGGAUAUACAAGAGUACUUUGAACUCGUAUAAGAGUUGGUGAUGCUGCACCAAUGGCAUAUAUAGAGUUUAUAGAUAGGGAGAAUGAGCUUAGGCAGUUGAAACCCCCAGCUUCACAACCACCUCAAAGGCCAGCAUUGGAUCCAUGGACAAGAUCUCAGCUUAGCAGGAGUUUUGCACCUCUUAAAGAUGUCAAAAGUGAGGAUUAAAGCCUUUAUGUCAUUGGAAUCAUCCAUUCUGAAGGGAAAUAAGAAGUCGAAUACGUUUAUCGAAGCAUGUUCUCAAAGAUACGAUGUCAUAUUGAAGAUUUGGAAAAAAUUUGUGUGGGAUGAGGCAAAGUAUCCAACCAUGUCUCCUCUUAAGGAGAUUGUGGAUGGUAUUCAUGUGCAAGUAGCUAAGAUAGAUGAUGAUCUUAAGGUACGCAUUGCUGAGUAUAACAAUGUUCGGAGUCAACUCGAUGCAAUUAACAGAAAGCAGACUGGAAGCUUAGCUGUUUGUGAUCUGUCCAAUUUAGUGGCACCAGAGGAUCUUGUGACUUCAGAACAUUUGGUCACUCUCAUUGCUGUUGUCCCCAAGUUUUCACAAAAGGAUUGGUUGUCAAGUUAUGAGACACUGACCACUUAUGUGGUCCCCAGAUCCUCCAAGAACUUACAUGAGGACAAUGAGUAUGCCAUCUAUACUGUGACAUUAUUCGUGCGUGAUGCUGACAGUUUUCGAACCAAGGCACGCGAAAGAGGGUUUCAAGUUUUCACUUCCUGGAUGCACUUUUGUGCUGUACGUUUGUUUGCUGAGAGCAUUUUGGGAUACGGAUUGCCACCUUCAUUUCUGUCUGUUGUGCUGUCACCAUCGGUCAAGAGUGAGAAGAAAGUAGGUUCCAUCCUUGAAACUCUAUGCAGCAGUUCAAACAGAGGAUGAUGGAGGAAUGGGCAGCUUGGGUGGUGAUGCUGACACUCAUCCUUAUGUCUCCUUCACCAUUAAUCUUAUAUGAGCCUUGUGUUGUCUUAACCAGUCUUUCUCGGUUUCAACUCAAUAAUCUCUUCUGUAUUUUAAGCUGUAUUAAUUCACUCAUGACUUUUGCUUCA